CUUCUCCUUCUUCCCAACAUUAUAGCUUCAAUGUCAACGUCCAUGCCUCGAUCACCUCACCAUUUCCUUUUCUUCCUUUAUUAACUAUUUUCUUCACAAUUUGAAUCUCGUCACUUCUCUUUGACAUGCUAUGUUAGUGAUCUAGAGAUUUGUAAUUCUCACCUUCCGACCUCUAUUUCGAAUGCAAAAGACAAAAACAACAUGGGUUGUUGAACCGAGGUCUUUUGUUCACACCAACAAUAUUUUAUAUUGAUAUCUUAAAUUCCAAACAAAUUUAGUAAAAGAAAGUUCUCUCAUUUCCCACACUCACUCACUCCCUCUACUCUAUUCACUAUAAAUCAAAACCAAAAUUGUUUCUUCGUUUCGUCCCACAAGACAGCUCCAUGGAAAGACAAUCAAAAACCAUAAUAAUAAUAAACAAUCAUCUCUUUCCAUUCAACACAGUCACAAAAGCGUCCAAAUUUCAAACUACCCAUUUGUCUUUCAAAUCUCCAUUGUCGAUCAAAACUAAGAUUCCAUACCCACUUCAAAGAAAAAUGUCAAAACCUUCCCAUUUUCCGAUGGGACAUACCCAUUUCUUUGUUAUGUUCAUCUCUCAACUCAGAAAAGAUGGAUUUGUUAUCUUCUUCCUUAGGCGAAUCCGCCAUUUGUAACUAUAAGAUCGUGAUGGCCGUUCUUCUAUUUCAGAAGCUCCACCAAUGGCCUCUUUCUCUUGCCCUGUUCCUUAUGUUAUUAGAUGUUCCACUGCCAAAGAAGGUAAUGAUUCUAACAAGCUAAGGUAUGCUAAAGUUAAUGGGGCUAUUAUUGGGUCCAUUUCUGAAGCUGAUUUGCUGAGCCAAUCGGUUAGAGCUUCAAGAGCUCUCGUCCCUUCUGUGGCGGAAAAUGGGUGUUUUGUUAAAGAAGAUGUUCGUCAGAAAAUUCCCACGAAGAAGCAGCUGGUUGAUCCUCAUCGGCAAGGCUUGAUCAUUGAAGGGGGUGUUGGGUAUAGACAAACUGUUGUAAUCAGAUCGUAUGAAGUUGGUCCUGAUAAGACUGCAACUGUGGAGAGCGUCAUGAAUCUUUUGCAGGAAACUGCACUUAAUCAUGUUUGGAUGUCUGGGCUUCUCAGCAAUGGUUUUGGGGCUACCCAUGGCAUGAUGAGGAACAAUCUUAUCUGGGUUGUUUCACGUAUGCUUGUCGAAGUAGACCACUAUCCGAUAUGGGGAGAGAUUGUUGAAAUCGAUACAUGGGUUGGGGCAUCUGGGAAAAAUGGAAUGAGAAGGGACUGGCUAAUUAGAAGUCAAGCAACAGGCCAUGUUUAUGCUCGAGCAACAAGCACAUGGGUGAUGAUGAACCAGCAAACAAGACGACUCUCCAAAAUGCCAGAAGAAGUAAGGGCAGAAAUUUCACCAUGGUUUAUUGAAAAGCAAGCAAUCAAAGAAGAUGCCCCCGAGAAAAUUUCCAAGUUAAAUGACAAAGCUAAGUACAUGAACUCCGACUUGAAGCCGAAGAGAAGUGAUCUGGACAUGAACCAUCAUGUCAACAAUGUCAAAUACCUAAGAUGGAUGCUGGAGACGAUACCCGACCAUGUUUUGGAGUCUCAUCAACUUUCUAGUAUCAUAUUGGAGUAUAGAAGGGAAUGCGGAAGCUCUGAUAUAGUUCAAUCACUAUGUGAGCCAGAUGAAGAUGGAAUCCUCAGAGAUGUGGAGAUGAUAGAAGAUAGUGAAAUCAGUCUACUAAACGGGUUUUCCUUGGCGUCCGAGAUUCUCAAAGGUGGACUCUUGGGAUCUUUUGACAAAGGAACACUGAGGUACACACAUCUUCUACAAAUUGAAGGGGAAGCUAAGAAUGAAGAGAUAGUGAGGGGAAGAACCACAUGGAAGAAAAAGCUUACCACUAUACCAUUCUCCACACAGUAAAUCUUAUUUAUAGCAGUUCGAUCGCCUCUAUAUGAAGACAACACCCACAAUGCAACAUUCCUGAAAACAAUAAGCAAAAGGGCUACUUUAUGUGAAAUUUAUUAUUUUGUUCAUGAUUUCUCAUAUUCUUGUUCUGCUUCACAAGGGAGUGUUUAUCAAAUGGAUCUGCUCCAGCAAAUGCAGAAGUAAUCAUAGAGUCUCCCUUUAAAGAGUUCAAGAAGUCAAGAACUAUACGAAACAAUGUAAAUUGUAAUAGAUCGAUAUUAUUUGGAAAAAAGAAGCUGAUCCGUCAUGGAUAUAUUUGAAGCCUCUUUUAUUUUUAUUUUUA